CAUAAAACUAGGUGCACAGCAUUGCACGGUCGCAAUGUCGUCCGAAGACUCCUCCACGGCCUCCAAAUCAAUAAUAUCCCGUCUCAAUGGCUGGGGCACAUCCUCCUUCCCGUCAAUGGGCCUCGCAACCCUCGUGACGGCGCUGCACUACCGGCCCUUCCAGGCCCUGCCCAUGCUCUUCGCUCCGCUGCUGCUCUUCAGCAGCUACCUCAACAUAGCGGGCUUCGCCAUCGACAGCGCCGGCAUGACCGCCGCCUGGAGCGGCCUGUACGUCCUCCUCGCCGCCCGACGCGGCGGCCGCGGGAUCAGCCCGGCCGCCCUGCGCCGCCGCUUCUCCGCCCGCGGCGCCGUCCGAGCCGCCGCCAUGGGCCUCGGCACCGUCAACUGCGUCGCCGGCGGUUGGGUCUACGCCACCGGCGAUCGGAAGGCCGAGGAUGAGGAGCGUCGGGAGAGGAACCGGUGGGGGGUCUAUAGGGACUGAUUGAUUUGGGGUUUGCCUCGGGGGGGCGGUUGGGGGGGCGGUUUGGGGGCGGAUGGGUUGGUUGCUUUCCGCGGUAUGGCGUUCCAAGGCACGGCCAAUCCUCCCUCUCCCAUUCGGAAGGGGCAUCAAACAAUCAAUGUUGGGCUGUGCGUGAUCUAUUUAGUUGUACAAGACUGUUACAUAUAGCGCUAUUACACAUCCCAUCGAGGAGACGCCUUGCGGCGACGAUCCCAAAAUGGUAUCUCUAGUUGUAAGAAUAGUUUCAGUCGGUAGAAGACAUGCCGAGAAUUUAAUAGCCUUGCAAACGCAGUCGGUCCCCCUGCGCAAAG